CUCGUCUCACAACUCCUCCCAACUCCCCGGACCCCAAACUCCUUUUGUACUUCCUCAAAAAUUCCUCUACAUAUAAACCAGACGCUGACCUACUUGCACAUUGGACCCGCCCGGCGUCAAAACAGAACCACUUGAACGGAAUCUGACCAACUUCUGGACUUUAGGAUGUGGCAGCGUUGCCUGAGCGUGUUUUUGCUGGCCGCCUCGGCUCUGGCCCGCCUGGAUCAGGUGACCCUGGACAACCAAUGGGAGCAGUGGAAGAUCACGCACCGGCGGGAAUACAACGGCUUGGAUGAGGAGGGCAUCCGGCGGGCCAUCUGGGAGAAGAACGCGCUGAUGAUCGAGGCUCACAACCAGGAGGCGGCGCUGGGCCUGCACUCGUACGAGCUGGGAAUGAACCACCUGGGAGAUAUGACGUCGGAGGAAGUGGUGGAGAAGAUGAUGGGCUUGGAGAUGCCCAUGACUCGGGAACGGGGAUUCACUAUGAGCCCCGAGGCGAAGACCGUCCCGCUGCCCAAGUCGGUGGACUACCGCAAGAUGGGCAUGGUGACGUCGGUCAAAGACCAGGGUACAUGCGGCUCGUGCUGGGCCUUCAGCUCGGCGGGGGCCUUGGAGGGUCAGCUGGCCAAGACCACGGGAGAACUGAGAGACCUUAGUCCUCAGAACCUGGUGGACUGCGUGACAGAGAACAGCGGCUGCGGAGGAGGUUACAUGACCAACGCCUUCAAGUACGUCAGGGACAAUGGCGGCAUCGACUCGGAGGAGGCCUACCCUUACGUGGCACAGGCGCAGAUGUGCCGCUACAACUCGUCGGCCGAAGCCGCCGAGUGCCGCAGCUACAAGGAAAUUCCCGAAGGCGACGAGCACGCCCUGGCCGUGGCGCUCUUCAAGGUCGGCCCUAUCGCUGUAGGCAUCGACGCCUCCCAGGGGACCUUCCAGUUCUACCAGAGAGGCAUUUACUACGACUCCAACUGCAACAAAGACGACGUCAACCACGCCGUGCUGGCGGUGGGCUACGGCGUGACGGCCCGGGGCAAGAAGUUCUGGCUCAUCAAGAACAGCUGGAGCGAGAACUGGGGCAACAAAGGCUACAUCAAGAUGGCGCGUAACCGCGGCAACCUGUGCGGCAUCGCCAAUUUGGCCAGCUACCCCGUGGUGUGAGCGCUCGACGCUUCUCCUUUCUCGUCCGUAUCUCGUCCCUCGACUCCAUGCGUGAUGUUUGCCCAUCUCCGCGGCGACCGGUUUUCAUGUCUCUGUGGCUGUUAGCUGCUGUUAGCUGAAAGUUCUUUCUGGACUGGAAAGCGCGCACAUACGUGGCGUCGCUGGCCGACGCAGUUCUACGGGACCCCAGACGUGACAUAAUCAAUCGUCCUUUUGUCAUGUGUGAGGUUUCGUACACUUCAGCACUUUUGUUGUGAUCCUUAUUGUUAUUCAUGUGUAAAAAGUCAUGUUUUGUAUGAAAUGAAAUUAAAGUUCUAAAGGCA